GGAGAAGAGCGGUUACCGUUGGCUGUGGCUGUUUCUGGAUCCGCAGCCUCUGGAGCCGCGAUGGCUCAGCCAGACCGGUGGUCUUCGCGUUUGGUCGAGAUGAAAGCAGUAGAUGAUUUGCUGAGAUGUGGGAUUUGUUUUGAUUAUUUCAACAUUGCCAUGAUCAUUCCUCAGUGUUCACAUAACUACUGUUCUCUUUGUAUAAGAAAAUUCUUGUCCUAUAAAACACAGUGUCCGACCUGUUGUGUGACAGUCACAGAGCCUGACCUGAAAAAUAACCGGAUAUUAGAUGAACUGGUAAAAAGUUUUAGUUCAGCACGGAAUCAUCUGUCGCAGUUCACCCUGGAUUCACCACCAAUAUCUCCUCUGCCCUCCUGCACAAAGAAUAUUUCUGGCAAAAUCCAAGUUCCUAAAGUGCACGUGGGUUCUUCCUUAAGACAAGAAAACAGAAUGAUGGAUUCUUACUUGGUAAAAGAAAUUCAUUCUUCCAUAAAAACACCAGAGAAGCCAAAGAGAGUCAAAGAAGGGAAAAUCAAUCCUAUAGGAAAAAAGCAAAACAGUUCUACAGAGAUAAAAGGGGCAUCAAGUGAAGCAAGGGAGGCUCAAAGGUCCACUUCUGUUAAUGGCCCUGAGAAACCAUCUACAUCUGCUUUUAAGGAAGUUACAAAAGUGGAAUGUCCCGUUUGCAGUGUGAGCAUCCCUGAGACCUAUAUAAAUAAGCACUUAGAUAGCUGCUUGUCACGGGAAGACAAGAAGGAAAGCCUUAGAAGUUCUGUUAAUAAAAGGAAGACAAUGCCUAAAAUUGUUUACAACUUACUCUCUGACCGGGAAUUAAGGAAAAAGCUCAAGGAACAUGGACUCUCUAGUCAAGGGAACAAGCAGCAGCUUAUUAGACGCCAUCAAGAAUUUGUGCACAUGUACAAUGCCCAGUGUGACUCUUUACAUCCCAAGUCAGUUGCUGAAAUAGUUAAAGAAAUCGAAAAUAUGGAGAAGGCUCGAGUACAUCUUGAAUCAAAUAAACUGAAUGAAAAUGUCAUGGUAUUUACAAAGAACCAGACAGAAAAAGAAAUAGAUGAUAUUCACAGUAAAUAUCGUAAAGAACAUCAGAAUGAAUUUAAACUUCUUGUGGAUGAAGUAAAAAACCGGUAUAAGAAAACUGGCUUUCCACUGAUCAAAGAAAUAAAGCAGGAGGUAGAUGAAUCCAUGGAAGAGUUAUUGCCUAUAACCAUGGGAGGAGAGGAUAGUAAACCAAUACUCACAGAUCUAAGCUCAGCUACAUUCCAGCUAGCCCAAUCAAAGGAAGAAUCCCAGGUGGAGAUGGAACAAGAUGUAAUAGAUGAUUCUUCUAAUUUAUCUGAAGUUCAGGGAACUCCCGUGUUCACUACAUCAGAUUCAGAAAGCAGCUCCAGCUCAGACAUCAUAAGAGACCUCAUAGAGGAAAAGGAGUUAUUGGAGACAAGAAGCAGAAAUAAAAGCAAGAAGAUGACCACUAGAAAAGCAUGUCGUUCAAGAAUGCCAGAAAACAAGUGUAGCAGUAGAAGAAGUAAGCGUAUCAAAAAUUAGACUCCUGCCAGCUUUUCUGAGUACAGGGAUUAAAGUAUGAUACAUUUUGUCAUCCUGAGCAUUUAAUAUUCUUUGUCCUGUCUGUCCAUGUGGAAAGUUAAAAUUCUCAAACUGAUUGUUUAAUGUUGCUGAUGGUAAGUUACAUUUAGGUUGACUUUUGUUUAACACAGCCUUGCACAAACCAAAUGAGUCUUAAACCCCACUCAUUUGACCCUCCAUUCCUUCUCCCAUCACUAAAUACCUUCAUAUGCAGCCAACCAUACCCCUUCUCCUUGGAGGUGGAGCACUAUUGGCAGACUCAUGAGUUUGUGUUUCUUCCUCAUAAAAUAUCCCUUCUGGGUCAGUUAUUCCCCCAGCCCGAGGACUUCUGCUUCUUUCCCACACCAAUGUGACUAGAAGUAGGAAAACUAGGUUGUGGGAGAAGAUAGUAGGGAAUGUCUUUGGAAAGUAGGGUACAGGCACUCAGGUGAGCAUUUAUUAAUGUGUCUGACUUAGACACAUAUAGUGUCUAAAUUACAGUGGUUUUUGCUUAUUAAAUCCUAGUAGAUAUAAUUUAGCUCAUUUAUAAAUGAGCAUCCAGUUCAUUGAUAGCCUGUUACUUUUGCAUAAAGAACUAAUUAAUAUUUUCAUUUUAAAAGUCAGCAAUGUUUUAAAAUAAUUAUAAAAUGUAUUACAAGUCUUGAAAAGGCACUUAAAGAUUUAAAUGACUCCAUUGAUUAAUACUUGUUGCUUUUAAUUUCUAAACCACAUUCCUGAUAGUUUGUAUUCUGACAAUUAAAAUUUAUCAGUAAAUGGAUGAAAUACUUCAUAUGACAUUCUAAAUAUGCCUUUAUUUAAAGUAAAAUUGAAUAUAUUAUAUAUUGGCACAACAGAUGUUUCCCCAACAAGCACUCAAAGAAAUUCCUUUUAAAAAUACAUACCCAGAGACAAUAGUUUGAUUAUAAGUUGUUGAUAGAAAGGAGAGAGCUGUGCCCUUUAACUUUUCAGUAAGGUGCUAAUCGUUGGAUAUUAUGUUUGACCAUAGUUUUUUUGCCUUUCUAUGUUGACUCAGUUUACAUUGUUAUAGUCAUUGUGUAUAAAAUAUGCCAUUAAAUUAUCUUGGGCUAGGAGGAAGUCUUACCAGCCUCCAGAAUGUCUGCUGGUGUCUGAUAAAUGCUUGUUGAAAUAAUAUCUGGUGUCCCUUCCCCCAGAUUUCUCAGUGCCAUUAUUUGUACUCCCAAGCCCCCACAUCUCUACCUCUCCACUUAGCAUAUCAGGAGUUCAUUAAAGGACAAGAGCAAGCACUAGCCAUAUGACGACAACACAUUUCUAAAUGUGCCAGUGACAACAUUAAUUUCUGCCUAUUUCCAAAGUCUGCCUCCAUUGACCUUUACCCUUUAUUAUAUGUUUGGGAACUGAAGUGGAGUCUUAGAAUGUCUGAGGGUUGAGUAAUUUCCUAAUCAAAAUGACAUUUUGUCUUUUUUAUGACUACCCUCUAUCAUAUAGUUACAUAAGAAUGUCUCAUUUUGCUAAGUAUGAUGUGGUAAUUUAAAGGAACUUGAAGUAGAACUCUUGAACUUCAGAACAAAAUUUUACAGGAGGCAAAUGUGAACAAUUUUAACAAAAUAGUGCUUAACACAGAAGGAUUUUUUAAUAUCCAUGCUACAACUCAUGCUAAAAUGAGGCAUAGUAUUAUGAAACAGUCUUUUGUGAAUUGUUUUCCAAACUCAACAUAUCAUUUCUUUUUUCUCUAUGACUUUAUGUAUAUUAUCUCCUGUGUCUGGAAGAUACCCCCUCCUCACCUCCAACUUGUAAAGUCCAUAGCUUUCUUUAAAUUGAGGUACCCCUUAAUUUUCAGCCUUCCUUUCCUGACCCCUCUUCCCACCCCAAAUUGUGAACACUCUCUCCCUUCUGAAGUUACUUUGUAUUUACUUCUCUGUAUAAAUGUUGUAUCCCUGAAAACAAUGUCAAUUUGAAGUUAGGGACUGCUUUGUUUUUGUCUCUGUAUUCUCAGCACUCAGUGCGU